AUGAUGGUGUUUCCCGACGUCCAAAAACGAGCACAGCAAGAACUAGACAAAGUUGUCGGGUCUGGCCGACUGCCAACGAUGGACGACGGGGCUGAUCUGCUCUACGUCCACGCCUGUGCCAAGGAGAGUUUGCGAUGGAUGCCUACUACGGUCUAUGGAGCGCCCCAUGCAACCACAGUAGACGACGAAUACAUAGGUUACAGAAUUCCAGCCGCGGCAUCCGUUAUUCCUAACGUCUGGUACAUUACCCAGGAUCCCAAACGUACUCCUCGCCCGCGAGUUUUCAACCCAACGCGCCACAUGAACGAUCUACAGAGUGAGUUCCAAUCUGCCAAUAGGUCCCAUGUGAGCGGAAGGCAUUAUUUCGUUUUUGGUGUUGGGCGUCGGCUAUGCCAGUGGGCGCAUAUCGCGGACCGCUCCCUCUUCCUUGGUGUGUCGCGCAUGUUGGGGGGGUUUGAUUUCUCAAGACCUCUGGCUGAAAAAGACGAACCCAUCACCUCGGAUAUUAACGACUUGAGAGGAGGUGCAGCCAUCGCGCCAACCCCAUUCAAGGUGAUUAUCAAGCUCCGGAGCAAAGAGAGGGCAGACCUGAUUCGCGGAGUGUGGGCGGACACCGAGGCCAACACUGGAUCCAGAAACCAAAGAGUGGAAGCACGUACCGGACGGGAUGGUGUUUGGCACGUAUAUAACCCGACGUGUCGACGUGUGAGCAUCAAUGAGACGAGGUGUGAGCGGCACAUCCAAAUAGUUGGGCGGGUUGCUGCGAGUAAAUUGGGUACACAGUUAGGGCAAGCAGACAGGCUAGAGGAGCUUGUAAAACUCCGAGUUGCGUCGUCCAAGACACACAAGAGGGCCAAUACGGCGCGAUGA